AUGAGGUUCUUGGAAGCUCGAAGUCUGGCUGUGGCCAUGGGAGACAUGGUGGUGGAACCUGCCCCUCUGAAGCCAAUUUCUGAGCCCACUCCUGGCCCACCAGGGAAUAACGGGGGCUCCUUGCUAGGCGUCAUCACAGAGGGGGUUGGGGAACUAUCGGUGAUUGACCGCGAGGUGGCUCAGAAGGCCUGCCAGGAGGUGCUGGAGCAAGUCAAGCUUUUGCGUGGAGGCGUGGCCGUCUCUAGCACAGGCACCCCACUGGAGCUGGUCAAUGGAGAUAUUUUGGACAGUGCGAUCCGUUGCCUGGAUGAUCCACCUUCCCAGAUAAGGGAGGAAGAAGAUGAAAUGGGGGCCACUGUGGCCUCAGGCACAGCCAAGGGAGCAAGGAAGCGGCGGCAGAACAACUCAGCCAGACAAUCCUGGCUCCUGAGGCUGUUUGAGUCCAAACUGUUCGACAUCUCCAUGGCCAUUUCCUACCUAUACAACUCCAAGGAGCCUGGAGUACAAGCCUACAUUGGCAACCGGCUCUUCUGCUUUCGCAAUGAGGAUGUGGAUUUCUAUCUGCCUCAGUUGCUUAACAUGUACAUCCACAUGGAUGAGGAUGUGGGUGAUGCCAUCAAGCCCUACAUCGUCCACCGUUGCCGCCAGAGCAUUAACUUUUCCCUCCAGUGCGCCCUGCUGCUUGGUGCCUACUCUUCAGACAUGCACAUUUCCACUCAGCGACACUCCCGUGGGACCAAGCUCCGGAAGCUGAUCCUCUCAGAUGAGCUGAAGCCAGCUCACCGGAAGAGGGAGCUGCCCUCUCUGAGCCCAGCACCUGACAUGGGGCUAUCUCCCUCUAAAAGGACUCACCAGCGCUCUAAGUCUGAUGCCACCGCCAGCAUAAGCCUCAGCAGCAACCUGAAACGAACAGCCAGCAACCCCAAAGUGGAGAAUGAGGAUGAGGAGCUCUCCUCCAGCACCGAGAGUAUUGAUAAUUCAUUCAGUUCCCCCGUCAGACUGGCUCCUGAGCGAGAAUUUAUCAAGUCCCUGAUGGCAAUUGGCAAGCGGCUGGCCACACUCCCCACCAAAGAGCAGAAAACACAGCGGCUGAUCUCAGAGCUCUCCCUGCUCAACCAUAAGCUCCCUGCUCGAGUCUGGCUGCCCACUGCUGGCUUUGACCACCACGUGGUCCGAGUGCCCCACACCCAGGCUGUUGUCCUCAACUCCAAGGACAAGGCUCCCUACCUGAUCUAUGUGGAAGUCCUCGAAUGUGAAAACUUUGACACCACCAACGUCCCCGCCCGGAUACCUGAGAACCGAAUUCGGAGCACACGGUCCGUGGAGAACCUGCCCGAAUGCGGUAUCACCCAUGAGCAGCGGGCAGGCAGCUUCAGCACCGUGCCCAACUAUGACAACGAUGACGAGGCCUGGUCGGUGGAUGACAUCGGCGAGCUGCAGGUGGAGCUCCCUGAAGUGCACACCAACAGCUGUGAUAACAUCUCCCAGUUCUCUGUGGACAGCAUCACCAGCCAGGAGAGCAAGGAGCCUGUGUUUAUAGCAGCAGGGGACAUCCGACGGCGGCUCUCGGAGCAGCUGGCUCAUACCCCCACAGCCUUCAGACGAGACCCAGAAGACCCUUCUGCAGUUGCUCUCAAAGAGCCCUGGCAGGAGAAAGUAAGGCGGAUCAGAGAAGGCUCCCCCUAUGGCCACCUCCCCAAUUGGCGGCUCCUGUCAGUCAUUGUCAAGUGUGGGGAUGAUCUUCGGCAGGAGCUCCUGGCCUUCCAGGUGUUGAAGCAAUUGCAGUCCAUUUGGGAACAGGAGCGAGUGCCCCUGUGGAUCAAGCCAUACAAGAUCCUUGUGAUUUCGGCCGACAGCGGCAUGAUUGAACCAGUGGUCAACGCUGUGUCCAUUCACCAGGUGAAGAAGCAGUCACAGCUCUCCUUGCUCGAUUACUUCCUGCAGGAGCACGGCAGUUAUACCACUGAGGCAUUCCUCAGUGCCCAGCGCAAUUUUGUGCAAAGCUGUGCUGGCUACUGCUUGGUCUGCUACCUGCUACAAGUGAAGGACAGACACAAUGGAAACAUCCUUUUGGAUGCAGAAGGCCACAUCAUCCACAUCGACUUUGGCUUCAUCCUGUCCAGCUCACCCCGAAACCUGGGCUUUGAGACGUCAGCCUUUAAGCUGACCACAGAGUUUGUGGACGUGAUGGGGGGCCUGGAUGGCGACAUGUUCAACUACUACAAGAUGCUGAUGCUGCAGGGGCUGAUUGCUGCUCGAAAGCACAUGGACAAAGUGGUACAGAUCGUCGAGAUCAUGCAGCAAGGCUCUCAGCUGCCUUGCUUCCACGGCUCCAGCACCAUCCGCAACCUGAAAGAGCGCUUCCACAUGAGCAUGACCGAGGAGCAGCUUCAGCUGCUGGUGGAGCAGAUGGUGGAUGGCAGCAUGCGGUCCAUCACCACCAAGCUCUACGAUGGCUUCCAGUACCUCACCAAUGGCAUCAUGUGA